AUGGUCUUCGAGGAGACAAUCGCCGCGACAGGGAUGGUCUUCGAGAAGGAGGUGGCCGUCUGGAGGGUGGUGACCACCGUGAAGGUGAUGCUUGGCUGGAAGGUGACCAUCUUGAGGGUGAUGGGCGCCGGAGCGGGGAUGCUCGGCGGGGAGGGGAUCGUCUGGGAGGCGAUGACCACCGAGAAGGAGAUGACCGCCGUGGAAGAGGCGACCGUCGGGGGGGCGAUGACGGCCGCGAGAGCUCAGAUGGUCGAUAAACAUCAUGUCUAG